AUGGAAUGCCUUCCCCUCCCUAUUGUGCAUAGUGCAAAAGAGUGUAAGUGAGUCACACACAGAAUCAGAGUUCAGCCUUCUUACUAACCCUCGACUCUCCCCCAGUCUCUUUCACAGUUAUUCUGAGUUUUCCUUGCAGAAAGAAGUCUUUUUUUAAUUCCAUGGCCAUUAGAUCUUAAUUAUAUACUGUAGCAAUAACUGGAGAGCAUUUUUCAGGGAUUCUGCACUGUUGGAUUACAUGGGAAAUUAGUGGUGCUGGUGUUCUCUGUGCCAGGAUGGAACACAUGCCUGCAGUGUUGGUGCUAUUGGCAUUACUAGGAGCUGCCUUUGGAGAAAACGGCAUAAAAUAAUGCAACAGUAUCCCUUGGAAGAAAAAGGAAUGACUAUACAUGUUUGGGACAUGUUAUCAGAGAAUACUCAGGACCUGGGGUUUCCGGAUAACAGAUUUUUCCCUAAUUUGGAUCUUCAUACCUUAAGUCUGCUAGAAAAUCAUGCUAACAUUAAAGAUUAUCAUUUUAUGGAAAAUCCCUCUAAUAUCACAUCCUCUUUGGGAAAAGACAUAGUUCUCAGGUGCAGCGUGAAAGUAAAAGAGAUUUUUCCUGAUGUCGAAUGGUUGCAUAAUGGAGAGCCCUUAGAAUUUGCUGAUAUCAAUCAGAUCCAGAUGCCUUGGGAUGAAGAAGAUGAAUGGCUAGCCAUCAGUGAAUUGAGCAUUCCCUCCAUGCAGCUAUUAGAUUCAGGGCAUUAUAGGUGUUCAGUCACUGUUGAAGGAGAGGAGAUUCUAUCUGAAGAAGCCUACUUGGAGCUGGAAGGUUUGCCCAUUUUUUUAGAAGAACCCCAAGAUCUACAUACUUAUCCUGAUCAGCCCUUCAACCUCAGCUGUCAUGCUCAGGGUCCCCCAGAUCCAGUUUAUGUGAUAUGGCUGCAGGAUGGGGCCCCCCUCAACUCUCUCAAUGAUGUGUUAGCAUUAACUCCUUCUUUUCUAGAAAUUAGAGGCCUCAAUAAAUCGUCCUUGAUCUCUUGCGAAGCUCACAAUGCUAAAGGAGUCACUACAUCAAGAACUGCAACCAUUAAAGUAUUACCAGAGAAACCAAGAGACCUGCAGUUACUGUCCCAGAGCCCUACAGAGCUUGAGAUUUCGUGGGAGCCUGGAAGAAGUGGGGUCCAUCCACAGUAUGUUUGCACAGUACAGGCUUCUCUCCCCCAUUCAGGCUUCAGCACCCACCCCCAUCAUAAGAUUUAUAACCAGAACCUUAACGUGCCCCCUCAUAGCCAUGUGAUUGGUAGCCUGACCCCCUACACCACAUACAAUGUCCGGGUUGCUUGUUUAAGCAGUGAGGGUGUAUCCCAUUGGACUGACUGGGUUGCCAUGGAAACCGCUGAAGGAGUUCCAGCAGGACCUCCUGAAAAUGUUACUGUAACCACAAACGGAACUAUAACCAUUGUGAGGUGGACAGAGCCGCAAUCGCCCAUUAAUGGAAUUUUGCAAGGAUAUAAACUGGCAUAUAGGAUAAAAGAAUUGGAAGAGGUUGUAGUUGAUGCAGGCUUGACCUAUAAAGACAUACUUGAGAUACAUCAUCCUGAAGAUCUGACUGUAAGGGUGGCUUCAUACACAAAUGCUGGUGAUGGACCCUGGAGUGAUCCUGUGACAGUAUCUAUUAAAUAUGAUGCAUCAACGCCUUUUUCUUCUGCAGUUGUAAAGGUGAAUGCUGCACCUCUUUUCUCCUGGCACUGGUGGUAUGUGGCUCUAGCUGUUGCUGUAGCGUUUUUCUGUGCUUUUUGUAUUGCCAUAUUCCUGGCACGCAUAAGGAAGAAGGAGACACGCUACGGAGAGGCUUUUGAGCCGACUGUGGAACAAGGGGAACUUGUAGUGCAUUACAGAGUAAAGAAAUCAUACAGCCGGCGCACCACUGAGGCCACAUUAAACAGACUUGGUAUCAGCAAUGAUCUGAAAGAAAAGUUACGUGAUGUCAUGGUAGAUCGGCACAAGCUGGCACUUGGCAAGACUCUUGGGGAAGGAGAGUUUGGCUCAGUCAUGGAAGGACAGUUAAACCAAGAUGAUUACAUCCUUAAAGUGGCUGUGAAGACAAUGAAAAUUGCUAUCUGCACCCGUACGGAGAUGGAAGAUUUUCUGAGUGAGGCUGUCUGUAUGAAGGAAUUUGACCAUCCAAAUGUCAUGAGACUAAUAGGUGUUUGUCUGCAGAAUACUGAGAAUGAAGGAUAUCCAUCACCUGUGGUUAUUCUGCCCUUUAUGAAACAUGGAGACUUACACAGUUUCCUCCUUUACUCACGACUGGGUGAUACACCUCUGUUCCUACCUACACAAACAUUGGUGAAGUUCAUGACAGAUAUCGCAAGUGGUAUGGCCUAUCUGAGCAGCAAGAACUUCAUUCACAGAGACCUCGCAGCCAGGAACUGCAUGUUAAAUGAGAACAUGAAUGUCUCUGUAGCAGAUUUUGGCCUCUCCAAGAAAAUCUACAAUGGAGACUAUUACAGACAAGGCCGUAUUGCAAAAAUGCCUGUCAAAUGGAUCGCAAUAGAAAGCCUAGCAGACAGAGUUUAUACAACAAAAAGUGAUGUGUGGUCAUUUGGGGUAACUAUGUGGGAGAUUGCAACUCGAGGUCAGACACCAUACCCUGGUGUGGAGAAUAGUGAAAUAUACGACUACCUGCAGCAGGGAAACCGUCUGAAACAACCUCCAGAUUGUCUAGAUGGAUUGUAUGAGCUGAUGUCCAGCUGUUGGCAGCUGAAUUCCAAAAACCGUCCAUCUUUUGAUACACUGUAUAGUGAACUGGAGAAAAUUAUUAAGAACCUUCCUCCAAUUAAGGACCCUGAGGAGAUUCUGUAUGUUAACAUGGAAGAUGCCUCCUCUCCUUUGUCUGAAGAGUUAGGUGAGUUAGGUGCAGUAGGUGGCCAAGAUGCCAAGGAUCUUGGAGAUGAUCUUUUCUUCAAAGCUGGUCCAGUCACUGCAGAAGUUCACCACUCUGAAAAUUCUAAUCGUUAUGUUAUGUGCCCAGCCCAUGAGACAACACGACUUUUGGGGACAACAACAUCUACAGAACACCCAUCUUACAGCUCUGAACUGGAAGAGGGAACUGUAGAAGAGGUGGUAACUUCCAGAAGUUCCAGACAAUAAUCCAAGCCAAGUUGCAUUGUGUUACUCUAAUGCAUAUGCACAAACUUCUAGUGUUAUGUUCUGAAAACAUUUUUUAAGGUACUUUCCAGCCAUUCCAGUUUUAAAUUUUGAAAACUCACCACUGAACUGGUCCUGUCCUGGUCAUGUAGUUCAAGUAUCUUAGAAAGUUCUGGGAUAUGAUUAUGGAGAUUUGUGACCAAAGACUGAAUGGGCCUCCUUAACUGCCAUGAUCAUCUUGCAAGAAUGUAGCCAUAAGAAUUAUAUUUCUUGACUUCAAUAAGUGGACUUUUAUAUUGCUUUUAUAUUGACUGUGGUCCUUUCACUUAUUUUUGGACAACUUUGUAUUUUACAGCUUAUUUUUGAACUAAGAGUUGCUUUGCAUUUUGAGUGAUAGUCCUCAUCAUUAUGAAGAGGAAUUGUUUGUAAAUAUUAAUUACAUACUGCAGUCACAAUUUAGAACUACAUAUGGGGAAAUUCUUCUCCUGGCAUUCUAGUCCUAUUGUGGAAUAAUGUGCCUUAAUGACAGAGUCAUGUAUAAUGAACUAAAGAUGGUUUAUUGGGUGUUUGGUGUAAAGGGCUGAUGGUUCAGUCACAUGUAGUAAUAUAAUGACAGUCACAUGCAUAAGUGUGUAGGGGUCAGCUUUUAAGGGGAUCUAAUGCUAUUGAAAUAUUUAACGGGUUAACUUAUUAGCCUCGUGUGUAGUAUAGUGACCUAAUUACACUCACGUAUAUGCUAGAUUAAAAGAUCAGUCCCAUGCAGAAAAACAGGGACUAACUUGCAGCAAUAUCACUUAAAGAGUACGUCUAUGUAGCAGCAAUGUGAUCCAAAGACAAAGAGAAUACCAUAAAGGAGUGACACAACAUACCUACAGCUGCAUAAAAACCUUUACAAAAACUAAAAACAAUAGUAUUAUUGUCAAUCUUGACGAAAUCAUGUAAGUGAAUAUCAGAAGCUCCUUUCCAUUAUUAUUUUUCUUUUGAGCAGAAUGACUGGUUACAUUACAAACCAGGAUAUUUGCACAUUUCCGAUUGUUGCUCCUUCCCAAAAAAAAUGAGAAGAAAAAGACACCAUUCAAAUCUGAUUUUGGGUAUCUUUCAUGAUUUCUGGGUCAAUUGCUUGACUGUUAACACUAUGAAGGACAGUAUUAUGGUUUUUAUUUUUUUUAUAUUUGCACUAGGAUAUCUUUUUUCAUAAUAAUGAUCUACUGCAUUGCUUAGUUAUUCCCAUUUUCAUUUUAAAAAGACACCUUUAUGUAUAUUUCUACUUUUAACAUUUCAUUGAACUCCCAUUGUUCUACUCUGCAUUUUAUACGCUUUCUUUUCAAGGUUUUUAUAACAAUUGUUGCUGUUUUGCCACGCAGUAGGGAACAGCCAGAAUGUGCCAUGGUGUCAGAGGCAAAGUCAGAUGCUUGCAAUCCAUAUACCUUUGUACCCUUCUCCAUGUGUUAAUAAGAAAAGGACAAACUCAGCUGCCUAUAAUCUACUUUUGUUUCAGCUUGUAGUGGGAAGCACACAUAUGUAUUAUACUACCUUUUGUCUGUUGCACAUUGUCAUCCCACAGUAGGUAGGAUUAAAUGCACUUGCACUUGAGUUGCCAUAACUUCAGUUAAAGGGGAACUACACAGACCAGUGUAUCACUGUUAUGUUCAUUAUUUUCUGUUAUUAGUUUUAUCUUCCUUCAGCCACCAGUACAUAACAUUUACUGUUUAUAGACACCUGUACUUAGCCAAUCCCUCCUUGUCCACUAACACCUUAUCUUUGUCUCAUUAGAAUCACCGGCAGUGAGUGGCAGGCCCUCUUUAGACAUGAAACAUUACAGUGUAGUCACAUAGUGGAAGGAACCCAAAUCUACUGCAUGUUCCAAAAUCUUCCUUUCUGUGUAUCCUGACAGAACAUUCCUUUUUCAAAGCACUUUUGAGCCAUUUAAAUUGCACUCCGAAAGGGGUACUGGCAUAUACUGCAGUAUAGCCACUGAGUACUUUCAGUAAUAUGAGAGAAGAGGGACAAAUGCCACCAUUCAUUGCUAUGGGAGCACAUUUAGCAUGAUAGUUAGAAGUCUCAAAUAUAUUUGUCACAGUUCCACGCAAUAGCAUCUUUCAUGUAUCUUGUAUACUCUGUGGUGAUAAAAAGUAUGUAUUUAAUAUACAUAAAACUGUGAUUCAGCUAAUUUCUCUACAAACAACCACUAAAUUGAGGAUCUGUGGUUUGGACAGGCUUGGACCACUAAGGUUUUUGGUACCAGUAAACAUUAUUUACUUCCAAACACCAUCCACUGUUUUGUCGUGCUAAAUACAGAGACAUCAGUGUAUUCAGUAUUUCCAAGAAUUCUAAUAAUAAUCACAUCUAGUGCUGACAAAGCACCUGUAGCUGUUUCACCAGUGUCUUUACUUGUAAUCUCUCAUUUAAAAUCAUUGGCUUGGCAAUUUUGGUUAACUUUGGCAUAAGGAAAAAAGAGUUUGACACAUGAACUGGUCUGGAAGAAGAGGAGAAUAGCUACAACAUAAUAUAAGCAUGCAUGUGUGGUUAUUUGGAGUUUUGCUUUAAAUGUGCCUUAACUAUUGGUGUCUGCAAGGCCACCAUCAGCCAUCAUGGAGCCUCAUACUACUAAGCAGGGCUGCCCCAAGGACACUUCAAUAUUUACCCAACUGCUCACCUUGCCCCCCUGGGUGGUGAGACCUGCUAAAUAAGACACCAACGGUAAAAAAAUGCCAGUUACAUGCAAGGCCAUGGCCGUCAUCUGCCCUGGCCAUUUCCCAGGUAUGUCAAUCUCUGCCCACACUCCACCCAAAUACUGGCCACUUCCACAAGCCCUGCCUCUAGGUAUUGUGUGCCUAUACAGUUUAAUAUUAGUAUUGUCUGGAUGCUGUACCUCCUGAUUCACUGAUAUGGAACAAAGCAAUAUUUACAGUAAUGCUGAAUAUUGCUGAAUACAGUAUACUCCUUUCGUUUCUUAAAAUAAUGGAAGUAAGUGACUAUUAUAUU